GCUGGCGACGGCCGAACGAGUCAAUUCCUCGCCUCCCUCGAGGAGCCCGACCUCCACGGCCAGCUCCCGGCCUUUGUGAAACCACUACCCGCCAAGAUCGCCCAGGAGGAUGUCACCUACCUGCACGCAAAGGGUGCCCUGACUCUGCCUGCGCUGCCGUUGCAGAACGCUCUGCUCCAGGCCUACGUCGAAUACGUUCAUCCGUACAUGCCGCUGCUCGAGCUGUACGACUUUCUGGCCAUCAUCAACGCCCAGGAUGGGCUGUGCGGUCAGAUCAGCCUGUUCCUCUACCAGGCAGUCAUGUUUGCCGCCACGGCCUUUGUCGACAUGAAGGUCCUUCGUGAGGCGGGAUACCCGACGCGGAAAGCCGCCAGGAAGGCCUUCUUCCAGAAGACGAGGCUGCUCUACGACUUUGACUACGAGUCGGAUCGCCUCGUCCUCGUGCAGGCUCUCCUCUUGAUGACGUACUGGUACGAGACCCCCGACGACCAAAAGGACACAUGGCACUGGAUGGGCGUUGCCAUUUCGCUGGCCCACACCAUUGGCCUGCACCGCGAUCCGGCCGCGACGAGCAUGCCGGUUCGCAAACAGAAGCUGUGGAAGCGCAUCUGGUGGUCCUGUUUCAUGCGCGACCGCCUCAUCGCCCUGGGUAUGCGCAGGCCCACCCGCAUCAAGGAUGAGGACUUUGACGUGCCGAUGCUGCAGGAGAACGAUUUUGAGCUGGAGAUCCUGCCCGAGGAGAACAAGGUCAUUCCGGCCGAAUGCAUGCUGCUCCGCGACGUCUCGAUGCAGCGGGAGUUGGCCGCGUUGUGCAUCUCCAAAGCUCAGCUGUGCAUCUGCAUCAGCCACAUGCUCAAGGCGCAGUAUUCUGUCCUCAUUCGGGACAAGAUGCGCCCGGAGAACACCGUCAACAGCACCAUGAUGCUGUUCCCGAAUAAAAAGCUCGACAACGUCGAGAGCGUGACUUCGGUGGACCUGGAGCUCAUGGCUUGGGCCGACACUUUGCCCGCCAUCUGCCAGUACAGGCCCCUGACACCCCUCGACGUAAAGAACGGACGGUCGACCGUCGCGGUCCAGCGCACCUUGCUGCACAUGGUGUACUACACGACGAUCUCGGCCCUGCAUCGCCCGCAGUUCCUGCCGUCGUCCCCAGUCCACGCACCGACGACCUCCCGGCAGGUGCAGGAGAUGUCCCGGCUCCGGGUCCGCGACGCCGCCAUGCACGUCACCCGGAUGGCGGCAGAGCUCCACCAGCUUCGCCUCGAGAGAUACCUACCCACCACCGGCGUCACCGUCAUCCUGCCGGCCAUGAUCAUCCAUCUUCUGGAAAUGAAGAAUCCCGUCUCGCAGUCCAGAGAUCGCGCCACUCGCGGCUUCCGCCAGUGCAUGCGCGUCAUGGAAAAGCUGCGCGAGAUCUACGCCGCCGCCGACUACGCCACCGGGUUCCUCGAUGCGGCCCUGCGCAAGGCCGCCAUUGACAUUAACCUCCAGCAGACCACCGCGCCCAUGACGCAGCAGAACCUCAAGCUCGCCGAACCCACCUUUGGCGCGCAGACGCCCCCGCCCGAUAACCUGCCGUACAUGACGACCGGCGAGGCCCUCUUCGCCAACAAGCCGAACCCCCAGCGCGAGUUCCUACCGCAAACCAUCAACGCCGCAGCGCUCGACUUGUCGGCUCAGAGCCCGCCGCCGACGGAGAAGGAUCACGAGUCUUCUCUUGAGGCCAUGACGCCUAGCGCGAACGGCAGCUUCGGCAGCACCGAGGAGCCCGGCCCGCUCGACCUCGAAUUCUUGCAGACGCAAGAGGAGAUUGACUGGAACGCCAUGACGGGGACAGAGUUUGAUGUUGAUCAGUGGCUCCAGUUCCCGCCAGAGGGCGUUAACAACACAGAUGAUGGGUUCAUGGCGAAUGUCUUUGGGGAAGACGGAAUGAAUGACGCUAUGAACUGGGCGGCAGCCGGUGUGGACACGACUACAAAGGACGACGGUGUAGCUGAAAUUGCCACUCUCGCCUAA